AUGGACAAAGGGUUUCUUUGUGAUGAAAUGAACAGUGAACCGAUGGAAGAUAUCACGAAGUACAGAAGUGCGGUCGGUGCUAUAAUGUAUAUUGCCGUGUGCGCUCGCCCUGACAUCAUGAACAGUGCUGCAAUCCUUGGUCGCAAAUUUAGUGCCCCUUCGGAAAGUGAUUGGACAGCAGCCAAACGCGUAAUCCGCUACCUCAAAGGAACGCGCGAUUGGAGGCUGAAUCUCGGUGGUGAUAGUGGAGGACUAGUGGCUUAUUCGGACAGCGACUUUGCAGGAGAUGUUGGAACAAGAAAGUCCACUACCGGCUACGUACUCUUCUACUUUGGAGGGGCAGUUUUUCUGGGCUAG